AUGGAUAUUAGAAAGUGGCUUCGCCAGGGCACAACGGCAGCAUCGGAUAAAAGCGGCGGGGAAGGGGAGAAGCCUGCCACAGAGGCCAAGGCCGCUGAGCCGACGCUAAUCACAGAGGCCAAGGCCGUCGAGCCCAGCACCAAAGGCACCUUUGUGGCACCUCUGUGCUCCGGGCAUAUUGCAGGGGAUGAAAUGUUCUCUGACAUUUACAAGAUCAAAGAAUCACCAACUGGGAUGUUAUUGGAAGUAGAGGGAAAGAUGGUUAGUAGAACGGAGAAUAUCGAUGACUGUCUGUUGGGGGCAAAUGCGUCGGCGGAGGUGCAGGAUGACGGCUGCGAGUCCAGCACAGUCAAUGGAGUGGACAUCGUUCUCAACCACAAACUGCAGGAGACAUCCUUCACCAAGGACUCAUACAAGGGCUACAUCAAGGACUACAUGAAGGCGAUCAAGGCUAAGCUGGAGGAGAACAACCCAGACAGAGUGAAGCCCUUCAUGGCUGGAGCUCAGGAGGAGAUCAAGAAGAUCAUGGGCAACAUGAAGAACUACCAGUUUUUUUACAGGUGUAUGAACCCAGAUGGUAUGGUUGGUCUGCUCGACUUCCGUGAGGACGGCAUCACUCCCUUCAUGACAUUCUUCAUAGACGGCCUGGAGAUCGAGAAAUUAGUCCCUUUAGCCCAGUCUACUCAUGUCUAA